UUGUCAAAAGUGCUCCAUUCAAGAUAAACUUCUUUAAGUGAUAACGAUACAUACAGGCAGCCUCCAUUAAUUAUUGUUUUUCUCCCUUUUUUCUUUCUUUUUUAGAAUGAAAAUAACAGGAUCAUUUAUCGUUAUCAUUUUUCUUACUGCGGGAUUUGAACUGAGUUUUUCCUCACCUGUGAAUGAUAUUAGUAGAAAAGGCAAACUUUUUGAAUGCACUAAGCAUGACGAUUGUGAGCAAGGGCAAUGUUGUACUUUUCAAAGUCGGCAGACUCUCAAAGGAACUACUAACAUAAUUUGGAAAUGCAAACCAUUAGGAGAUGUAAACAGACUAUGCCAUAGCUUAGGGAAUGUGCAUUGUCCUUGUCGUCAGGGUCUGAAGUGUAAGCCUAAGUCAGUUUGGUUUUUUGGUGCUGGAGUUUGUGAGCAAAAGUGACAUUUAUUGAUAAAAAAUUUACACAAUUUAAAAUUAGAUUUUCAAAUUGUGUGAUUGUUGAUUGCGAAAAUAUUUUAUUAAUUAUUGUAUUAACAAUUGUGUAACAAUUGUAUAUAAGUAAAAUUGUGCCAGAGCAAAAUAAAUGCAUUUUGCCCGAAAA